CUGUUUCCGGAGGGAUCUUGAAUCCGAACGCUGACGACUGCAACCUGGGGAAGUCUGCUGGCCGCGUCCCCGUUUCUCACCGCGUCUGAGCGGUGGCCAAGUGGCCGGAAAGCGACGGUGGCGGGAAAGCGGCCGCGGCGAUGAGGCAGAAGCACUACCUGGAGGCUGCGGCGCGGAGACUACAGGAUAGCUGCCCGGGCCAGGCCCGCUACCUCCUCUGGGCCUACAGUUCGUCACACGAUGAUAAGAGCACUUUUGAAGAAACAUGUCCAUACUGUUUCCAGUUUUUGGUUCUGGAUAACUCUCGAGUUCGCCUCAAACCCAAGGCCAAAUUGACACCCAAAAUACAGAAACUUCUUAAUCGAGAAGCAAGAAAUUAUACACUCAGUUUUAAAGAAGCAAAGAUUGUGAAAAAGUACAAAGACUCCAGAAGCGUAUUGUUCGUUACUUGUAAAACAUGCAACAGAACAGUUAAACAUCAUGGUAAAAGUAGAAGCUUUCUGUCAGCACUGAAGAGCAAUCCUACCACUCCUACGAGUAAACUUAGCCCGAAGACACCAGAGGGAAAGACUAUCGGUUCAGCAAACCUAAGUCAUGAUAUGUCUGGUUCCAAAGGCAAAAGCCCAGCAUUUAUUUUCAGAACACCUAUAACUGAACAGUCAGUGUCUGCUGGCUCCUCAAAGAAUGUGAGCAACACAAAGAAACAUUUCUCUCGACUAAAAAUGUUGCUUAGUCAAAAUGAAUCUCAAAAUAAUCCAAAGUUGGACUUCAGGAAUUUCUUAUCUUCUCUGAAGGGUGGACUUUGAAAAUAAGAUAUGUGGGGGCUGCACCUGUGGCUCAAGGAGUGGAGCACCGGCCCCAUAUACUGGAGGUGGCAGGUUCAAACCUGGCCCCAGCCAAAAACUGCAACAACAACAAUGCUCACUCUCUAAUAGAUUACUCAAUCCCAUUCACAGUGGUAACUAAGAGAAUAAAAUACUUAAAAAAAAAAAAAGAAAGGAAAAGAAGAUAUGUGCAGUGCAAUUUCUGAAACUAAAGUUAGUGAAACAGUUUUUUCAACAUUCUUUGAAUACAUAGAGGUCUUAGAGCAGACUUUUCUUGGCAUCCUUCAGUGUUUAUGGGGAAAAGACAUCAUUAGAAUGUGUAGAAACCUGCUCGUGUCACAGGAUGGUUGUAAGGAUCAAAAAAAUACAUGAAAGUUCCUUGUAAAUAUAUCUGUGUACAUUGA